AGCCACAGGCGAUCGGCAGCACUUGAAGGCCACGCACCUCCUUCUCCCAAGAGAGUCAAACCGGUGAAACACGAGUGUCCCAUAUGUGGUGCUGAGUUCGCCGUAGGGCAAGCCUUGGGUGGUCACAUGAGGAAGCAUAGAGGUGGAGCAGGAGGAGGAGGUGGCCGGAGUUUGGCUCCUGCUACGGCGCCGGUGACGAUGAAGAAGUCUGGCGGUGGUAAUGGAAAGAGGGUUUUGUGUUUGGAU